CGGCGGGUGAGCGCGGGAGCAAGAUGGCCACUACCAAGCGUGUGCUGUACGUGGGUGGGUUGGCAGAGGAGGUGGACGACAAAGUUCUUCAUGCCGCCUUUAUCCCUUUUGGAGACAUCACAGAUAUUCAGAUUCCUCUGGAUUAUGAAACAGAAAAGCACCGAGGAUUUGCUUUUGUUGAAUUUGAGUUGGCAGAGGAUGCCGCAGCAGCUAUUGACAACAUGAAUGAAUCUGAGCUCUUUGGACGGACAAUUCGUGUCAAUUUGGCAAAACCAAUGAGGAUUAAGGAGGGCUCGUCCAGGCCAGUGUGGUCAGAUGAUGACUGGCUGAAGAAGUUUUCUGGGAAGACUCUCGAAGAGAAUAAAGAGGAAGAAGGGUUGGAGCCUCCCAAAGUAGAAACCCAGGAGGGAGAGCCCACGGCAAAAAAGGCCCGGUCGAAUCCUCAGGUGUACAUGGACAUCAAGAUCGGGAACAAGCCAGCCGGCCGCAUCCGGAUGUUGCUGCGUUCCGACAUUGUUCCCAUGACAGCAGAGAAUUUCCGAUGCCUGUGCACCCAUGAGAAGGGCUUCGGCUUUAAGGGAAGUAGCUUCCACCGCAUCAUCCCUCAGUUCAUGUGUCAGGGCGGUGAUUUCACGAACCACAACGGCACGGGGGGCAAGUCCAUCUAUGGGAAGAAGUUCGACGAUGAGAACUUUAUCCUCAAACACACGGGACCAGGCCUGCUCUCCAUGGCCAACUCCGGCCCAAAUACCAACGGCUCUCAGUUCUUCCUGACGUGUGACAAGACGGAUUGGCUGGAUGGCAAGCACGUGGUGUUUGGGGAGGUCACGGAAGGCCUGGAUGUCCUGCGGCAGAUUGAGGCCCAGGGCAGCAAGGACGGGAAGCCAAAGCAGAAGGUGAUCAUCGCCGACUGCGGGGAGUACGUGUGAGUCUGCACACACUGUCUCUGCACUGCCCCUGCCUAUCCAGGAGCCGUCAGCCUGGGAACCAGCACGUGAGGGUGUCUGUCCC